GGCAAAACAGAAAGCAGUCCACCAGAUGCUAUAAGCUUCUCAAACCUUCUUCCUAGAGAAGCUUACUCACUCUCCUCGCGUUUUCCUUCUCAACGCUUCUCUCUCUCUCUCUUUCCGAUUUUCAAAAGAGUCGCUCCUUUCGACGAUCUGAUAGUUGAGCAGUGGAAGUGAAGAGAGAAGGAAAUGGCGUUAGCGUUCGAUGAGUUCGGUAGGCCAUUCAUAAUCAUAAAGGAGCAAGAACAAAAGACCAGAUUGAGAGGUCUUGAUGCUCAGAAAUCCAACAUUUCCGCCGGAAAAGCCGUGGCUCGCAUCCUCCGCACCUCCCUUGGCCCCAAGGGCAUGGACAAGAUGCUCCAAAGUCCCGAUGGCGAUGUCACCAUCACAAAUGAUGGUGCAACAAUCUUGGAGCAAAUGGAUGUUGACAAUCAAAUUGCAAAGCUGAUGGUUGAAUUGUCACGGAGUCAGGAUUAUGAAAUUGGUGAUGGAACAACUGGAGUUGUUGUCAUGGCUGGUGCACUUCUAGAUCAGGCUGAGAAGCUGUUAGAACGUGGCAUUCAUCCUAUUCGGGUUGCAGAGGGCUAUGAAAUGGCUUCGAGGAUAGCUGUUGAUCAUUUGGAGUGUAUAGCCAAUAAAUUUGAAUUUGGCGCAGCAGACAUUGAACCUUUGGUUCAAACUUGCAUGACUACUCUAUCCUCCAAGAUUGUCAAUCGGUGCAAGCGCAGUUUAGCCGAGAUUGCUGUCAAAGCAGUUUUAGCAGUUGCUGAUUUAGAGAGGAAGGAUGUUAACUUAGACCUAAUUAAAGUGGAAGGGAAAGUAGGUGGAAAGUUGGAGGACACAGAGCUAAUAUAUGGAAUUAUUGUUGAAAAAGAUAUGAGUCAUCCCCAGAUGCCAAAACAGAUAGAAGAUGCAAAGAUUGCCAUCCUGACUUGCCCCUUUGAGCCACCAAAGCCAAAAACAAAACAUAAGGUUGACAUUGAUACAGUGGAAAAGUUCCAAACUUUACGGCUGCAAGAGCAGAAGUACUUUGAUGACAUGGUUCAAAAGUGCAAGGAUGUUGGUGCUACCUUGGUUAUCUGCCAAUGGGGUUUCGACGACGAAGCAAAUCACUUACUAAUGCAUAGAAAUUUACCUGCUGUGCGAUGGGUUGGUGGUGUUGAGUUGGAGCUGAUAGCAAUAGCCACAGGUGGGAGAAUUGUGCCAAGGUUUCAAGAGUUAACUCCAGAAAAGCUAGGAAAGGCUGGUUUGGUUCGAGAAAAAUCCUUUGGUACAACGAAAGAUCGGAUGAUUUAUAUUGAACACUGUGCAAAUUCAAGGGCUGUAACCAUAUUCAUUCGUGGUGGUAACAAGAUGAUGAUAGAGGAGACAAAACGCAGCAUCCAUGAUGCAUUGUGUGUGGCUAGGAAUCUCAUUCACAACAAUUCUAUAGUAUAUGGUGGUGGCUCGGCUGAGAUUUCUUGCUCAAUUGCUGUGGAGGCAGCUGCCGAUAAAUAUCCUGGUGUUGAACAGUAUGCAAUCAGGGCAUUUGCAGAUGCUUUGGAUGCCAUCCCUAUGGCACUAGCUGAGAAUAGUGGUCUCCAACCCAUUGAAACCCUAUCGGCUGUGAAAGCUCAGCAAAUUAAGGAGAAUAAUACCUGCUGCGGCAUAGACUGCAAUGACGUUGGCACGAAUGACAUGCGUGAGCAAGAUGUCUUCGAAACUCUAAUUGGGAAGAAGCAACAGAUUUUACUUGCAACCCAAGUUGUUAAAAUGAUCUUGAAGAUUGAUGAUGUUAUCUCCCCAUCUAAUUAUUGAUCUAUCAGGUACUUAUGGAAAAUUUUGCUUCACCUAAACCAGCGUCCACCUUUUGUUUUCGGCUCAAAUGGUGACUUGAGUUGCUAAAGUGUAUUUGUUCUCCAGUAUACUUUUAUGCAGUUGGGUAAAUUUUGUAAUGUGAUUACUAUUUCACGUCGGUGGUGGGUUGAUCUUGUUUUAUCUUUUGAACAUUUAUGGAUCGCUGUUACCUCUUUUUGUCAAUUUUCAUUCUGAUGAAAGCACAGAACAUUUGGAAAUGAAGUUCUCAAAACUGUUUAGAGGUUGUGUGCUACUUGUCUGGACUAGUUCAACUUGUUUUGGUCUCUCCCGAGUAUUCUUACUCUUUUAGAGAGAGAAUUAGUAAUGUGUUUGGUUUGAUGGAAAGUUUGGUGGAUGGAAAAUAGG